GAAACUAGAAGUAAAAACAGCAAAGUGUUCUUGAUUGUGCCCCCACUAUUUGAAUUAUAUUAUAUUUUUGACAUAUUCCGCCUGAGAGUUGUUUUGCUUGCCUACGUUCUCGUUGCUUUUCAUUUUAGAGUUUGCGUACUAACUAAAACGGUUGUUGAACGUUAUUGAAAAAUAUGUCUACAUCUCGAAAGUCUCAAGAUUGCAUCGAUUCCAUCGCCGUUUAAAAUCAACCUUUAAACCACAACAAUCGACACACAAAUUCAACAUAAUUUUUGAAAAGAUCAUUCAAAUAUAAUGGGUGGUGCUGUAAGUACUGGUCAAAAUAACGAUGACCUGAUAGAUAACCUCAUUCGGGCGGAUUACAUUCGUUCUCGCAAAGUGGAGAAGGUGUUUCGAGCCAUCGACAGGGCGGAUUACUUCUUACCAGAUGCUCGUCAAGAUGCCUACAAGGAUCUUGCCUGGAAAAUGGGGCAUUUACAUCUAUCAGCGCCGUGCAUUUACAGCGAAGUUAUGGAAGGGUUAUGUCUCGAACCGGGGUUGAGUUUUCUCAAUUUAGGUUCUGGAACUGGCUAUUUGAGCACUAUGGCCGGAUUGAUUUUGGGCAGUCACGGCAUUAAUCAUGGCGUUGAGAUUCACGAGGAUGUUAUCGUGUACGCAAAUAAAAAAUUGGAGGAUUUCAAAAAAUUUUCAGGCGCAAUCGAUGAGUUUGAUUUUAGCGAACCCAAAUUUAUUCAAGGAAAUUGUUUAUGUCUUGCAAACGGUCGUCAAUAUGAUCGCGUUUAUUGCGGAGCAUCUUGUCCUGAACAAUACGAAAGUUAUAUGAAAAGUCUUUUAAGAGUGGGUGGUAUUCUAAUAAUGCCUUUAAAUGAUCAUUUGAUGGAAAUAAAACGCGUGUCGCAAGUGGAAUGGGUCGAUCGCACUUUAAUUCCUGUAUCAUUUGCCACUUUGAUUCUUCCACCUGAAGGAAACCAAGAUAUCGUCGAAUUACUUGAAGUCAGUCCUUUAAGUUUACAAUUCCUAACACGUACAGUGAUUCGUUCCAUAUUGCGGACUAAUAUUGAAAUUGAAAAUCCAUCAUUAACAGCACCAAAACCAAAAGUAGUACCAAUUGCAAAAUAUAAACGUCGCGAUCGUACUCUAAAAAAAUUAAUUGUCCCUAUUUUUGAUGAAACUGAUGAAGAUUUAUACAGUUCUGGGGACGACCAAUACAGUUCUGAUGACGGUCUUGGCCGAAAUACACAUUCCAUUAGACCACGAACGGCCGAUAACAUAAUCGAUAUCGUCAUGGAUCAUUUGGGAUAUAGAGUACAUAGAGUAAAUAGACCUCAAAAUGCUGAUGAUAGCGAUGUUAGUGUUGAAGAAAUUGGUCUACGUAUGGCCGAUUCAGUUGAUGCUGUUUCAAGUGAUGUUGAUGAAGAUUUAGAAAAUGUUUUUGAUAAUAGAGACGAAGAAAAUUCGCCGAAAUGUGAAAAUGUUCUUGAAUCCGAACGAAAAUUAGAAACUGAAAAUGUUGAAGAUGAUGAUAAUAACGAUCGAGAAUUGAAUGAUAAUCAUCCUGGUACUAGUUUUAAUACUAAAUCAGGUGGUAAAAGUGGAAAAGAAACUAAAAAAGAUGCUAAAAAAGAUACAAAGAAAGAUACCAAAAAAGAUACUAAAAAGCAAACUAAAAAGCAACCAAGAGAAAAAUAUGAUAGUGGUUUUGUUGAAGAAAUGGACCAAGAAGCUAUUGUAUCAAAACAAGAAGCAAUGGAUUUAUCUGACCCUGAUAGUAUGGGAGUUGCUUCAAGUUCGAGUAGCGAAGAUAGACAAGGAAGGAGGUAUAAACGAUGCUCAAGGUUUCAUCCAGAUUCAUCAGGGCCGAAAAAUCGAAAAGUUCUUCCUGCGAUGGUUUUCGAUAAUAGUUCUGGAAGUAGCUGUCUUAGUAGUGAUAGUGAAGUAGCUGAAGAGAAAACGGCGCCUCCUACGGCUACUUCUUUAACGGUUACAAGUAUGUACACGCCUUUAAUGCGUGAAAAAUUACAAGAGUUGCCUUUGCCUUCAGUACUGAAGAAUUAUUUGAAUUAUUAUCGGGAAUUUUGAGUAAUUAAUUAAUCAAGUAGCGGGAAAGAUCCGAUUAAGCGAGUAUUAAUGUUUAAAACGAUGUUUUUUUAGGAAAUAGUUUUUAUGUAAAACGUUUUUAAAUAUUUUUAUAUGAUUAUAUUUUCCAAAAAAAAAGAUUGUUAAAGAAUGGAGUGAAAGAAGAACCACUUUUCGAAGUUUUUCAUAUACUUGUACUCGUUGUGGCAGUGUUACUCUUUCGGAUAAGGCGCUAUGGUUAAAAAACAAAGCCAUAUGUGAUGAUGAAAUAGUUUAUUUAUGAUAUAGAAUACGUAUUUUUAUUUGAUUACAAUAUUAAAAUGUUAUAUUUUUUUCCGUCGUAUGUAUAUAUAAAAUAUCGAUUAUUAAUAAAAAAAAAAUGGAUUCAAGGAUUGUGAUUACUGUGUCCUAAGUUACUUUUAAGUUUUAGAUUAAGUUGGUCUCAAGAGUUAUAACAACGAUAACAGUUACAUUUUUGUUCUCUUUGUGCAUUACUCAUCAUAUCAAUUUGUUCAAUAAAAUGUUAAGCUCAA